AUGUUUAGGCCAUUAAAGAAAGCACCCAGCAGUUGUGCGCGUUGCCAACCGAACGAGAGGGAAUCGGGAGAGUCAGGGCGUUGGGAUACCUGCGGCACAUCGUCAAUUCGGCUCAGAAGCGAGAAGAUGGUCAACAGAUCACUUACUCUCAAGGCAGCCAAAGCGACUAUGAAGCCGAUCAAAUCAUUGAGCUGGGUCUUUUAG